AAUAGGCCAAAGAAAGCAUCAUCUCUAUCUGAAUCAUCAUCAAUUCAUCAUCAUCAUUCUGUAAUUAUAUACUAUUAUAUUUGGAUAUUUUUUUCCCUUUUUUGUUUUUGUUUUGUGUGAUUGCUGUUUGGCUCCGAAUUUUAUAUCCAGAAAAAUAUUUUAUUUCUUUUUGUUUAUCUCCUUGGUUGAUAGCUGAGCGCACAGAAAAAAAAAAAUCCUUAAAAAAUCGGAAAAGAGAAGAAUUGAAGAACUACUACGAUCAAACAACGGAGGAUUUCGAUAGCUGAAAAAAGUUGACUCUUCUUAAUUAGAUUCCUUGUCUUGGUUUCGGGGCUUUCUCUUCUCGCGGCCUCUCCAGUUUUACCUUGAGACCACGAGGAAAUAGGCAAAAUUAUCACCCAAUUGAAGGAGGACAUCGAUUGAAGUUCCAUGGUGCGGUAUGCACAAAAGUGGACUAAACCUAGAUGGGUGUUUCUCUUCUGAAGCAACAUCAUCGUAUUACAAAUCAAGCAGAUACUUUUAGAUACAUGGAACGAUCAUCAGAUAGCCGAAAUGAGCACAUCAUUGACAUUCCAAGAAAUGCCGCCAUUGCAUCCUCGUCUCAUGAUAGAAUCUCAAACGUUUCAGAACCUUUACAACAUGAGGAGGAGAGACCUUCAACUGCUCCACCGGUUCCUGUUUCUCAACCAGCUACAGUUUCUUCUUCUAUGCGGUCAAACACUAGAAGCGUCCGUCGCAGAAGAAGUCCUUUGAAUUCUGGCUUAUGGAUUUCCAUUGAACUAGUCCUCACUGUUGGUCAGAUCAUCGCAGCCAUUGUCGUUUUGUCUUUGUCGAAACAUGAGCAUCCUCGUGCACCGUUGUUCGCUUGGAUCGUGGGUUAUGCGUGUGGUUGUGUUGCCACACUCCCGCUUUUGUACUGGAGAUAUUAUCAUUCGAAUCAGGCUUCUGAACAGGAUUCUGGCCAGCAUCGUCCUAAUCUUAAUGUUGCAGCAGGACCAUUUGCAUUCUCGAUAUCCAGGACAUCUGAAGGAGAUGGUCGACAGACCAACACCACCUCUUCUCGUAGUAGAUAUCAUGGCUUCAUAAGUGCUGCCAGACUUAAAGUUAUUGUGGAAUACUUCAAAAUGGCUCUGGAUUGCUUCUUUGCGGUGUGGUUUGUGGUAGGUAAUGUAUGGAUAUUUGGAGGGCAUUCAUCUGCAUCCGAGGCUCCUAACUUGUACAGGUUAUGUUUAGUGUUUCUUACCUUUAGCUGUAUUGGCUACGCGAUGCCCUUCAUCCUCUGCACAACAAUAUGUUGCUGCUUGCCGUGCAUAAUCUCAAUCCUCGGAUACAGAGAAGAUUUAACUCAACCCCGAGGUGCAACACCUGAGUCGAUAAAUGCAUUGCCGACUCAUAAGUUUAAGUUGAAGAAAAGCAGAAGUAGUGGCGAUGGCAAUGGUUCAAGUAAUAGCGAAGGUGGAGUUGUGGCUGCUGGAACAGAUAACGAGCGUGCGAUAUCAGGAGAAGACGCUGUCUGUUGCAUUUGCUUAGCGAAGUAUGCAAAUAACGAAGAGUUGAGAGAGCUUCCAUGCUCACAUUUCUUCCACAAAGAGUGCGUUGACAAAUGGCUCAAGAUCAAUGCUAGUUGCCCACUUUGCAAGAGUGAAGUUGGGGAGAAGAACUCUGAUUUGACAAGCCAGGGGAUCUUAACCUCUCUCUCUUCUGUGGAAAACGAUAAUCAGCAACCACAACAGCACCGCAACGAACUUAGAGUUGAAAACAACGUUGUCUAGAUGAGGGGCGACCCGCCCAACGCUCACAACUUUUUUUUUUUUUUCGUUUUUUUAUGUUUUCAAAUUUUUGUUAAAAAAGCCCAUGAUCUUUUUUUUUUUUCUUUUUUACAGUAAGCCCUUGAUCUAUUUUCUCUAUAGAUCUCUCUAUCUGUAUCUAUGUGAUUAACAAAAAGGCUCAUAAUCCAAAGUUAUUUUGCGUUCUAAAA